AGUCCUUCCCAGAACAUCUCACAAACGUAUCCAUCCAGCCUAGGAGAAUCCCAAGAUACAGCAUCCCACUACAGCCAUGUCCACCAACAAUGGAAGCCUCGACGAGUUCACAUCGAAACCCAUAUUUUGGGUACUGGGAUUCCUAACGAUCGUCUCCUACAUCGUCACAAUCCGCAACGAAAUAGCAGUCAACCGUUACAGAGCAACAUUAAUAUCUUAUGACGCGGAGACCAUCAUGAUUCUGGCGUUCUUUUCAAAUAUAAGAUGGCUCAUACCUUAUACCACUUCGCGACCACGGAAGUUACUGUUUGCGUUUCUUUAUCUCGGCGUCUUUGGGAUGCACGUCUUGAUGCUACGCUGGGUUGGGAUUACGGGGUGGAGAUGGAUCAUUAAGGUCACGUUCGACUUCUGGCCGGCUCAGGGACACUGGCUGAGACAACUUGAAGAUUAUUUCGAUUUUCUCGUAUUAACCCUAAUCUUGUUUUUUAUAGUGGUUAGCGCUGUUUGUCUUGGGGUGGUGAUGGCUUGCUUCCAGCUGACGUGUGUCUAUGAGUUGAUCACGUACGAACCUGAUGUUGGGAGGAAAGAGAAGUGAAAAAAGAGGGGAGGGUUUUCUGUUCAUUAUAAGUAAAAACAAUCAACUAGCGAAUUUAACCCGCGAAAGACCCGGGGAUCGUCUAGAUUGUAGCCCGAAAGCCGAUAGACUUAUGGAAAAUAAUCAC